ACCUUCUCAAGGUCCUCUAAACUUCCACCUUUACUUCCAAAAGCUCCACAAAAUCCACCUCUACCUCCUAACUUUUUACAACAAAAUUCACUUAUAUUCUUAAAUUCCACAACAGCCACAAAGAAGUUUAUAAUUAUGUAA